AUGCACCACGGGCCAUUCCCCGAUUUGAUCACGGAGUGGUGUCUUGAGAACAAUCCACUCCUCCACUCGGACCCGUUAAUGUCACAAGCCGGAGGCCCAUCGUCAAACCUUGCCGUCAGCCAGAUGAGCCAUGGUCUCUCGUGGGAUCCCACAAAUUUCAGUCCCGACCCGAACACCGUAUCGAUGCACGCCAAUCACAAUAUGGACUAUUCA